AUAGAUUCCCAAGAACACACCACUUUGUAUUUAACUUGAAUUUUGUUUGUGUGUGUGUUCGCCUUUUUUGUAGAUAUAGAUUUGUACAUAUGCAGUUGAGAAGUGGAAACGAAAUGGCUGCUGCAUUUAAAAAAUUCUAUUAGUUUCGUGUGAGGUAAACAAGAAUUUGGAGAACAGAAAAAUGCAUUUCGGUCCAGUCAGCACUUAUGCAUUCAUCAUAAUUAUAAUCGCCUUUUUCGAGGCUACUUUCGCAAUUGGUGGUGACGGUCGCAAUGAAAUCACAGUGGGUGCAAUUUUCUACGAAAAUGAAAAGGAUAUCGAACUCAGCUUCGAUCAGGCGUUUCGUGAGGUCAACAAUCUCAAGUUUGCCGAGCUGCGCUUUGUGACCAUCAAACGUUUUAUGCCCACCAACGACAGUUUUCUUCUGCAGCAGAUUACUUGUGAGCUGAUUUCCAAUGGCGUUGCGGCUAUUUUCGGACCAAGUUCAAAGGCAGCCAGUGAUAUUGUGGCGCAAAUCGCAAACACGACCGGCAUUCCGCACAUAGAGUACGAUCUAAAGUUGGAGGCCACUCGCCAGGAGCACCUCAACCAUCAGAUGUCCGUCAAUGUGGCACCCUCCCUGUCCGUAUUAUCGCGAGCCUAUUACGAGAUCAUCAAAACCAACUACGAGUGGCGCACCUUCACUUUGAUCUAUGAGACGCCAGAGGGUCUCGCCCGUCUGCAGGAUCUGAUGAACAUUCAAGCUCUCAACAGUGACUAUGUCAAGCUCCGAAAUUUGGCAGACUACGCAGAAGACUACCGAAUUCUGUGGAAGGAAGCUGACGAGACCUUUCACGAGCAGCGGAUAAUUCUGGACUGUGAGCCGAAAACCUUAAAGGAGUUACUAAAGAUUUCCAUGGAUUUCAAACUGCAAGGACCAUUUAGGAACUGGUUUCUCACGCAUCUGGACACGCACAGUUCGGGACUGAGGGAUAUUUAUAAUGAAGACUUCAAGGCCAACAUAACCUCAGUACGGAUGAAGACAGUAGAUCCGAAUCCAUUUGAAAGAAAGAAGACUCGCAUUACCAUGGUGGAUCAAAUAUUGGGCAACCAAACCAUGUUGCCCAUUCUCAUCUUCGAUGCCGUGGUCCUUUUUGCCAGCGCUGCCCGAAAUGUCAUGGCUGCCAUGCAGCCCUUUCACCCACCCAAUCGGCACUGCGGCAGCUCCGCUCCCUGGAUGCUGGGACCAUUUAUCGUUAACGAAAUGAAGACGAUCUCCGAGGACGACGUUGAACCGCCCUUUAAGACAGAGAACAUGAAGCUGAAUGAAAACGGGCAGCGCACCCACUUCAAUCUAGAGAUCUACAAACCGACCGUGAAUGAGCCCAUGAUGAUCUGGACGCCGGACAACGGAAUCAAGACACGUCGCACCAGCCUGGAACUGGAUAGUGCCGACAGCACUCAGGAUUUCUCGGAGCAACGCAGGGUUUACACAGUGGUAACGCACUACGAGGAACCCUACUUUAUGAUGAAAGAGGACCACGAGAACUUUAGAGGAAGAGAUAAGUACGAGGGCUACGCCGUGGAUCUGAUAAGAAAACUGUCCGAGCAAAUGGAGUUCGAUUACGAGUUCAUGAUCGUGAAUGGCAAUGGCAAGUAUAACCCAGAGACCAAGCAAUGGGAUGGGAUUAUACGCAAGCUGAUAGACCAUCAUGCCCAAAUUGGCGUCUGUGACUUGACAAUCACCCAACUGCGACGUUCUGUGGUGGACUUUACAGUGCCCUUUAUGCAGCUGGGCAUUAGCAUUCUGCACUACAAGAGUCCGCCGGAACCAAAGAAUCAGUUUGCCUUCCUGGAACCCUUUGCCAAAGAGGUCUGGAUUUAUAUGAUCUUUGCUCAGUUGGUCAUGACUCUGGCAUUCGUUUUUAUAGCCAGGCUCUCGCAUCGCGAAUGGUUGCCUCCGAAUCCCGCUAUUCAGGAUCCAGAUGAACUGGAGAAUAUAUGGAAUGUCAACAACUCGACUUGGCUGAUGGUGGGCUCUAUUAUGCAACAGGGUUGUGAUAUUUUGCCAAGAGGACCCCACAUGCGCAUUCUCACGGGAAUGUGGUGGUUCUUCGCCCUGAUGAUGCUCAGCACCUACACGGCCAACUUGGCCGCCUUCCUGACCAGCAACAAGUGGCAGAGCAGCAUAACGAGCCUGCAGGACCUGAUCGACCAGGACGAAGUGCACUACGGCAGCAUGCGCGGCGGCAGCACCUCGAUGUUCUUUUCCGAGUCGAAUGAGACCGAUUACCAGCGGGCCUGGAAUCAGAUGAAGGACUUCAAUCCCUCCGCCUUCACUAGCACCAAUAAGGAGGGGGUGGCUCGGGUGCGUAAGGAGGGUGGCAAGUACGCCUUUCUCAUGGAGACCACUAGUCUGACCUACAACGUUGAGCGUAACUGCGACCUCACCCAGAUUGGUGAACAGAUCGGAGAGAAGCACUACGGUUUGGCCGUCCCCUUGGGGGCCGACUACCGAACCAACCUGAGCGUACACAUCCUCCAGCUGAGCGAAAAGGGCGAGUUGUACAAGAUGAAGAACAAGUGGUGGAAGAAGCACAAUGUCACCUGCGACACCUUUCACGAGGUGGACGGUGACGAGCUGUCGAUUAUUGAGCUGGGCGGCGUCUUCCUUGUUCUGGCCGGUGGCGUUCUAACCGGCGUCAUCCUGGGCAUCUUUGAGUUCCUGUGGAAUGUGCAGAACGUGGCAGUGGAGGAGCGAGUAACUCCGUGGCAGGCUCUCAAGGCGGAGCUCGCCUUUGCCCUUAAAUUCUGGGUCCGCAAGAAGCCGAUGAGGAUCUCCAGCAGCAGCGACAAAUCCUCGUCGAGGCGUUCGUCCGGUUCCAGGCGCAGUUCCAAGGAGAAAACUCGCAGCAAGACGAUCAGUUAGGAGUUCUUAAAAUAUUUCACUUGGACAUUUUCGAAAAAACUUGUCCAAGAAAUGGGGAAAUCCAUGGACCAUUUGUGUGUGCCUACACAUCGAGCUAAAUAUAUAUAAUAACUUUAGAACACAGAAAGCGCAUUUGGGUAUAUUGGACGAGACAUUGAGUUUUUGA